UAUAAAGACAUGCCGAUGCAUUCUUCGUUGCGAUUGUUGUUACCUCAUAUCGAUCCGCGACCGAUUGUGCAGCGAGACAAUAGUGAAUGAAGACGAGAUGCGUAGGGCAUUCUUGAGAAAGGUAAAGAGAGGGAAAUAGAAGAUGGAAUGGAGGGAAGGAGAAGGCAGUCUUAGGCUCAUCCUCGCGUCACUUUCACUUGAACUCUUUGUAUCGCUCUGUGUAAAGAUUUUCUAGACGGUAGAAUCGGUAUGCUCCUGUAACACUCAUACAAAUGUACUGUGAAUAAUUCGUGUAAUUGUUAUACAGUGAUUUAAAGUUUUUUUUUUUUUCGUGAUAUUAAAUAUAUUUUUAUCGAAAUGGCACUUUAUUCGACUCUACACUUUUAUUUUCUACGAUGCGCGCUACUUUCCAUCAUUGUCCGUGCCGAAGAAGUUUUUGUAAGUAGUAAGAAUUUUUUUUGAGAGGGUUCAAGGCAUUGUGUCGAGUCGAAUUAUGCAUAUUGUCGUUUCUCUGAACAACAAUCACCAAAAAUCACGGUCACGAAGAAUCACAUUACUUUUUGAGACACAAAUAUCGUUUCGCAUCGGUAUCAUUCCUACAAGUCACAUGUAAUUUUGGAAAUCGUUCACUGUAUUUUACAACUAUUUUGCAACCGUUUUACUAGAUAGAAUCCAUGCUCACAACGCAGAACAUGUCUCGACUUUUAAUAAUUUCUAAUAAUUAGAAAUAUCUUUCGACCGCACAAUUCGAUCGUUCGCAGAAUACCACUCCGCCGGCCAUUAGAACGAGCUUCUCCUGUUUCAACCGGCCUAUGGGGUUUUACGCCGAUGUCGAGGCUAAUUGUAGAGUGUAUCACACUUGCGACGAUCACGGGAACAAAUUCAGCUACCGGUGUCCCGAGGAAACGGCCUUUCGCCAAGACGCUCUGAUAUGCGAUCACGCUCACCUCGUUGAUUGCCAGGCGACCGUCCAUCCGGCGAAUCGAUUACCUGACGGCAACAACGCAGCGUUAAGACAGCCAAUCACCUCUAUCGACUCGCCCGACGACCACCGGCUCUCCUUCUCGCGUUCCUUCCAAGUUGUUCAACGACCCGACAAAUCCGUCCCGCCGAAUAAACUUCAGUCCGGCUUCGUGUUUAGCGCGAGCCUGUUCCUGAGGGAUCACGAUCGUGCACGAACCGCCGACAGGAGAUGCGACACGAAGGACCGAUUCGCGGCAGCCUCCACCGUUCGAACGCUCACCGAGCGAUUCAACUCUUGGGAUGUCCGUAAUGACAAAUCGAGCCAAUCUCUGUCAGAGACUCGCGACUUCGCACGUGACAAGAGCGCCACGGUGAAUUUUCGUCGUUCGUUCGAGCCUCCGACCUUCGCCAGACCGACAACUCCCGACAACGUUGCUCACCGUCCGGCUUCCCCACGUGAAAAGUCCACCUUCUUGACUCACGACUACCGUCCGUAUUCAGAGACCCUGAAGUCGAUCCAGGCUAACUCCGUCCGUGCGCUCGCCAUGGAUAAAUCCACCACGGAGAUUCCGGUGCACGCGUUGACGCUCUCCUUGAAGCCGCUGGUGCCGAACGAGCUUGAGUACGAUCCUUAUUACCCCAGACAACCGACCUCCACCGAGGCGUACUACACACCCAGCCAUCGCUUCAACGCGAACGUUCGUUCACCCAGCCAGGCACCACCGGCGGCGAGCCUCAAUCUUCCCUUCGAGAUCCCGCCUGUACUACCCGAUCUAAAUAGCCUCGAGGAUUUGGUCGAUCGUCGGAAGCUCUUCUACAUCCCGCGCGUAAAUGCAAGGUCGAUAUAACGUUCGAGAUAU